AUCACUUUCAUAAUAAGUUAAUAACCUUCUCUCACUUUCUCUCUCCUCUUUUCUUUCUCUCUCUUCUUCCCACAGUGGAGGAUUCGUCAUGAAGACAUAAAUUUUGGAGAACAAAAACUUUCCAUGGGUGGUUGUUGUUGCUCUUCCAGAAAGUCUCAACUACAGGGGACACCUGUUUAUUACUAUGUCAGUCAAUUAUCUUUAGUUUGUAGUAUGCUGUUCAUGUAAUAAUUUUUGUUUCUUUCAUAUAAGAUCUCCUUCACGGCGAUUGACCGGGGAAAGGAGCAACAUAAGCUUUUUGGAGAAAUGAGAUGCAAACUACUUUUGCUUAUUAAUGUUCUAACAUGUAUUCUCCUUAUUUCCUUGAUGAUUUUGGACUAAAUUCUGUAUAAAAUGAUGUUCAGUUUUUGUUAAACGUGAAAGUAAGGAGUAUGUUCUUUGCAUAGGAAAAUCAUUGCUACUUUGAAUAAGGGCAGGGAGCAAGUGUUGACUUUUUGUUGGCUUUUGAUCUUUUGCUAAUUUGGCUUUGAAAGUGGUAUUAAUGUCAUGUAUAUGCAGAAAUCUGCUCCUAUCUUCUAAAAAAUACUUGGAAGUUUCUCUUUAUACUGCAUUAUUGUGGGUUUCUUUUGAGUACCAUGAUGUUGUCUCAUUUCACAAAGGUUACAACAUCUUUUUAUGCGUGUAUGAAUCAAGGUAUAGUCUCUCAUGGCAGCCAUGAGCUGAGUAUUUGACGACGUCCAAUUUGCGUGCUACCAAGAGGGAUAUGUAUAGAGAGAGAUUGCGUGUUUGUUUACUGUGGAAGGAGAAAGCCUAAUACUUUGGCCUUGUCUCAAAUUUUGUUAUAUCCUUGUACCUUUUAUCAAACAAACUACCGAAGAGUGAUAGGGUCAAGAGGCAUGAUAUGCCUUGUCUCAGAGUUUUUGUCAUCUUUAAAUGAAGUUUAGUAUGACCUUUCUUUCUGUUCUGUAUGAAUUGCCAAAAUCUACUGUUAAUUAAUGUUCUCACUUGUUGAAAUUAGUAUUGACAUCAUGUCUUUGUUUCUGGGUUGCUUCUCUAGGAUUUUUUUUGGGUAAAAGUAUUCUUCAUGUAUUUUUGCUUGCUAUUAGUUUUAAUUAUAUACAGUGAAGACUGUUUUGGUUGCUGCUUUACUUGUUUGCUAAAUGAUUUACAUUUUUCCAUACAGUGUCCCCCAUCCUUAGAUGAACAGGAAAGUUUAAGAACAUACCGUGGGGCAGCCCCGGGUAUGUCAACAGGACUUCUGGUUGGACUAAACCUGGACACGUCAAGCCCUGAUACUUUCAGACCCCCUCCAGCCCCACUUCCAUUUAAUGUGCUUUUUGGACGCCCCCAAACACCUAUUCAUACUCUUGGGAGCCAAGCACCUAAAUGUGAUGAUGCCAAACUGUCUAAAUCUGAAGCCAACCCUGAAAAUGUUGCUGUUAAUUGCUCUGAUAUAUUAAUUUCUGGUGAUUACGUUUAUAAAUCCGAAGGAAAAACUCUUGCUGAUAUCUUGCUGGCCUCACCAACAAAGUCUGAUGUAGAUAUUUCGAAAUCAGAUGACGCUCCCGAGUUAGCCACUGAUGAAGAUUGCUGUCCUAUAUGUCUUGAAGAAUAUGAUACAGACAACCCUAAAAUGGUGACAAAUUGUGAGCAUGAUUUUCAUCUGUCAUGUCUCCUUGAGUGGAUGGAGCGAAGUGAUGCCUGUCCAGUUUGUGACAAGGAAAUGGUAUUUGAUGCCCCAGAUGAUCAGAACUAAGAAGUUCCUGUGAUGAUCAGAACUAGUUGCAUAUUCCAAAUGCUUGAGGGUUCGUUAAACUAAACCCAAAAGGCGUUCUAUGUUUCCAGUGAGAUCUGAGUUCAUAUUUGCUGACACAACUUGUGGCUUGUUAUUUCGCAAUGUCGUCCUUCCAUUUGAAGUCUAGUCUUGCUGAAGUCUCCUGCACUGAUCUCUGAUCCCUAUGUAUCAGCCAUCAGAAAGUUGACUGGUUUGUUUUGAACUUCGAGUUACAGACUGCGAUGUAUACACUAGCUACAUCCGGGAAGAUUGCGUAAGGGAUCCAACGGUUAGCACCCCCCUUCUCGUUUGUAUUAUUGCAGCAAAUUCCAGUUCCCUGUACAGUGUUUCCGUUUUCUUUUGUUUAUCCUUCUUUUAAUGGUGUUGCUGGUUCCUCGUCCUCCUCCCCGACCCCUUUUUAUUGCAAGUUAGAUUUUUCAUACAAUCCCAUUUACACAUCCAAUUGGUUUUUCUGUCUACUCGCAUGUUUUACCAUCUUUUUUUUUAUUAGAAACAUUCUUUUAGAGAUAGGGCUGAAUGUCACUUGAAUUCUGGUCAAUAUACAAGAGUUUAACAGUGAGUUUGCUCCAAUUCCUUGAAGCAACAUUCGAAUUU